CAAGCGGUAAUCUUAAACUUUAAUUUUUACCGCGUGUGGAAAUCAAGCAUGCAGCUUGAUUUUAAGAUUUUACUUGUGAUUUUAAUUUUGUCAUUUUUUAUUAUUUAUAUUUUAUCAUAUUUUAGCUUUAUUACGAUUUUAAUUUCCACUUUUAUUAGUGUCUUCAUCCUCAUCAUCUUCGGUAGGUCAAUCGGUGAACGUUGUGCAACGAAACUGAAGUCACCGGCAAAUUUAGAAUUUUCAUUGUCGACAAAAAAGAAAAAGAAGAGUUUGUCACAUUCACAAACAGGGACGAAAUAUCAUAAAUAUUCAAAGGAUAUUUCUACAGAUGAAAACAUGCAUAGAAAUGGAUUUUCAAAUACUUCUUUCAACGAUAAAAAGUUUGACAGAUCGUUCGAUAAAUGGCGGUCUCCUGUCACUAAUUCCCCUGGUGUUCGUUCUCCUGGAAUUCGUGUCGCAUCGCCUGUAGCUGGAACAGGACUAAGAACUCGAAAAGCAAGUCAGCUUAUUUCAAGGAGACAUUCGUUUUCUGUGAAACCCAUAGACACUACAACACAUUCCGAUAGUAACACGAGAAUACCAUUUCUACCAACUAUCAAAAGAGCAUUGGGUCUGGAGACGAUUGUUAGCCCAAGGUAUACUGCCAAAGAUGACUACAGCAGCUAUACAAGUCACCCUGAGACUGCCUCCCCAGGGUUUGUCCCUGCCGUCCGACUGUCCAAUCAUGAUCGUCACCCACUCUCCAAAGUACGAUCCUCCUCUGUACGAAGUCCAAAUACUAUAAAAAUAGCUCCCCCAGAUCCUCACAAGCUUGGCAGUCCAAGGGUGUUAGAAGUAAGAAAAAAAGAUACAGUGACAGAUGACAACAGAAAAACACCCGACAUGCAGUCGGUUCUCACCGCCCUGAAGGAGAAAAGGAGAAAAAGAACAGCUGGCCCAUCUGAAGAAGAUAACUUCUGCCCAGAGGUACAAACCCAAAAAUCCAAGAGAAGACGACAGGAAAGUCAACAGUCCAAUGCGUCCACAUCUUCAUUACCUCCCCUGCCUGCCUCCCUUCCAGACCUUUCUGAUUACACUAUACCACGUCUGGAAACACCCUCCCUGAAGAGGGCGGCAGCUCCAGAGGUUUCAGAGUGGGAUGGUAGAGGAAGUACUGCCAAACGACUACGACAGGAGGGGCGGUACAACUCCAUUUCCAGCUCGCUGAGUUCCAGUCGAUAUCUGGAGAGACAUAACCGCAGUUAUAGCCCAAGACCAGACUGGUCCCAGGAAUCUACAGCUGAAUUGAAACGAGCUAUCCAAAGAGAAAUCAACAAAAUUACCCAGGAAAUGCCAAGUGACUUAGUUACAAGUCUACGAGUAAGGGUAUACCUGUAGUGAUGCUACCCAACAUCUAUAC